AUGAGUUACAGCCCAGCUUCCCCUCGGGACUUGUACCGAAGCAGCCCCCCUACCCCGGAGCCUGAUCUGGCAACCACCACAGAGGGGGCUGCUUCCGAGAGUACCCUCAGUCCUGAAACGACCAGCUUUAAUGGCACCAAAAUUCCAGAUGUGGCCAGCAGUGGGGCCAACAUGGGGACAAUGCUUCUAUCCUUUGGAAUCAUCACUGUGAUUGGCUUGGCUAUGGCAAUGGUUCUGUACAUCAGGAAAAGGAAGAGGUUGGAGAAACUUCGUCACCAGCUCAUGCCCAUGUACAACUUUGACCCUACUGAGGAGCAAGAUGAAUUGGAGCAGGAAUUAUUGGAGCAUGGAAGGGACGCUGCCUCUGCUCAGGCUUCUCAGAACAAGGCAAGACACCACAACCCCAGCCAGGAUAGACGGUCCAAGACUUAUGGCAGUGAAAGUGAGAGUGACGUCAAUGAUAGUGGUGGUGACGUCAAUGGCAGUCUUGGAGAUGGUGAUAUUGAUGCUGGUACAACCAAACCCAAGAACACCCCUGACUAG